AUGGAGCGUUCAAUCAGCUCUGAAGACGCGCUCCAAGCGUACAUAGAAAGUUUGGAAAGCCACAUACACCUGAAGCGGGAUCUGUUAAAGCAGGUGCGAAAUGCUACCGAUGAAAUCCCAGAAGCCAUUGAACCCAAAGGCGACUGGAAAGACCUAUUAUCAAAGCCACUGUUUCGGCCGGAUAGAUCUGAUCCUAUCGGCCUCAGUUUGGCGUCUGUCAGCCAAACAACACGUCUGGAAUCAACCAAGGCGUGGAUUAAUGAAAAGGAGAAACAUCUAAUCGAACUUGGACAGAUGAUAAGAGACCAGAAGGACAUAAAUAAUGAUCUGAUCGUUUUGAUUGAUUUACUGAACCGCAAGUUAGAAACUAUGGCGCUAACGAGCGAGAGGGAAAGGCCGAAAACACCAGAAGAACUUAAUCGCCAGCUGCACAGUAGCUUGGAGACGUUCGUUAAAAAUAUUCUAUCUGUAGAUAUGGUAGACGCAGAACAAGCGGGGAAUGAUCUGUCGGAGGAAGUUUUCACACUUAUCAGGAGGCUUCUUAGCCACGAUGACACACUUGAAGUCGCCGAUUUCCACAAGUGCAGCAAGAAACUCUUCCGGUUACUCCUACGUAGCAAUCUUGUCACAGUGUCUGAAUCCCCAAAUAAUGUACGACAUGUCAAGCUGCUGGACUUCGCUAGUUACGAUCUCUCAUAG